AUGGACUACACAAAAUAUGGGGAUAGUCAGUCCUACUCGAAUUACAUGAACGACUAUGCUCGAUUAUACCAAGAAAUCUUCACAAAUCGAAGCUAUAACAAAUUGAUGUCGCCGGUUUAUGGGUUAAUGCCGGAUAAUAUAUCUGAAUCUGAUACCCCGCCGCUCAACAUUCAAAUAAAGUUGUUCUACAUUCAGAUUGUUGGAUUGGAAGCCCAGACGCAGGUGCUGUCGACGAUUUACCAGAUAAAAAUGAAAUGGCGAGACCCCCGACUCGCCUGGAAUCCGGAAGAUUACGGUGGCAUUAAGCAAAUAUACCUCAGCGAGAGUUUGCUAUGGCUACCGGAUACAAAUGUUGGCACUGCCACCGGCGCCUCCAUCACGCGCCCGGACGAAAUUCGAGCCCUCCAGGUCCUAAAUACCGGGCGCGUCAAAUGGCCCACGCAAUAUUUCACGGAGAAUAUAUGCAGAAUGCAGGUAUCAAAAUUCCCCUUCGACACCCAGAUCUGCACGAUCCCAUUUUUAACCUGGGCCUAUGAGGCAAAAUUCCUCAAUCUUACUGGUUCGAUGAGUGAUAUACAAAUUCAAAAUCAGGGCAAUGGCGAGUGGCACUUGAUAGACCUAACUACAAUCUAUACGUCGUACGGCCAAGGGGAGGAUGGGAUUGCGAAGAUGAACUACCAACUAAGGCUCCGAAGAGUGCCGAAUUUCUACGUCUACGUCAUCGCGAUUCCUUGCUUUAUUCUCACGAUGCUCUCUGCGCUUGGCAUCGGCCUGACCAGCCUCGUCUCGAUGACCGUACUUCUGCAAAUGCUAGCAGAAGCCAUCCCGAAAACGGUUGCUUUCCCUUUGUUAGGUAUCUACGUAGUGCUUUGCGUCGGAAUAACGUCCUUAUCAUGCGUGCUGGUCGUCGUUUUCCCGCUCGACAACUACCACCGAAAAUCGAACCUAGACGUUCAGAGGUCGAUAGAGAAGCAGAAAUCUAUGGAUUCUAGGUCCUUAUUCAAGCUCUACAUCAACGAACACAUCUUCACCCGACACUUCACCUUUCAUGUCAUCUUCCAGCUCAUCAACCUCAUCGGAUUUAUUAUAUUUUUGUCGUUUUGGAAU